UGAUAUUCUGAGAUUAAAUUUAUCAUACAGAAAUAGUGAAAAUAUUUUUAGAUUUUUCUGUUUGGGCUUAAUUUAAAUUUAAAUUAUUAACGACAAUUUUAAAUAACAACUGAGCGUACUCUCACAUACGCCGAGUUACGCCGUUCUAUAAAUAUAUCUCUCUGCGGCUUCGGCAGACCAAUAGGGAUAGAUUUCAAACGCAAUGGCGGAUGCAGCAGAGCUUUUGAGUCCGGGCAUCCUAAUCGAUAUCGUGGACGAUGAAUGGAUGAGGGAGACCCUCCCCAAAGAUGAUGUUCCUCUCCCGUCUGGAAUGGCCCCUCGAAUUGACGAUGCUGGGGAUUCAACAGGUCAGGAAAACUUGCUAGUGGAAGGGGACGUUUGGCGUGACCUUGGCCUCGACAGGAGUCUGUAGAUUUCUUUCAAUAAUAAUAAUAAUAAUAGGCAUUAAUGCUAUUUCAUUGAACAAAACGAUGACUCAUCGGGGAUUUCUGUGUGAAGUUUGAUUGUAUUUGAACUUGAACUUGGGAGAGAGUCGGAGAGAUUAUUACGUGCGGAGUCCAGACGCAGAGAACUGUUCGCUUUUGUGACUGUGAAUAGUAAAAACACAGUUAUUAUUCACCACUAUUAAAUAGUUUUCCUCGUUCGGAUUCCGCACAUAAUAAUCUCUCUUUGAACGAUAGUAGAGCAACUCAUUGUUAGUUUUCUACUGACUUGAAAAAAAAAAAAAAAAACAUUUGUAUCGCUGAAUAUUUUACUUAGAUUAUUUUUCAAAGUUUGGUGAAUUUACUUUAGACUAUAUAUCUUUGUGGCAAAGGAGGCUGGCAUUGGUGUUUGGUGAAGAUUUUAGGUGAGAAUGAUAUUUCC